AUGGGCACGGCUGGCGGAUGCAAAGGCGCAGGUAGGCGCGCGCUGCUGGGCUGGGUGGAGCGCACUAUUCAGCAGGGACGCGCAUUGCUCUGCUGGGUGGCUAGUGCUGCUCUACUGGGGCGCGAGCUGCACUGUUGGGUGGCGAGUGCUGCUCUGCAGGGGCGCGCGCUGCUCUGCAGGCUGACGUGCUGCUCUGCUUGGGCGCGCGCUGCUCUGCAGGGGCGCGCGCUGCUCUGCAGGGUGGUGCGUGCUGCUCUGCAGGGGCGCGCGCUGCUCUGUUGGGGCGCGCGCUGCACUGCAGGGUGGCGCGCGCUGCUCUGCAAGGUCGAGCGCUGCUCUACAGGGUCACGCGCUGCUCUGCUGGGGCGCGCGCCGCUCUGUAGGGUGGCGCGUGUUGCUUUGUUGGGUGGCGCGCGUUACUUAGGGUAG